AAGGCAUUUGGAAUUCUCAUUCAAAGAGCUCUUAGGCCUCAGUGAACUACAAACCCCAGAAUGCAACAGGAGGCAGCCGGAGCAGUCAAAGUGGAACAGCAGUGCUAUAAGAGUGCAGUGUGGGAAUGUGGGCACACUCCGCUGUGUACAUUGCUUUUGGCUGUAGCUGGGUGGUUUUGACUGGGACUGCGCCAGGAGUUGGCCUUGCCCAAAGAUUAUUGCUGGCUGACACUCCCCAAGUCUUUUGUGGGGUUUUUGGGGCUCUGAGGCUGGGUUCUGGAAGAGUUUCUUCCUGGCUUUUUGCAAAAGAACCCAUGGACUGUACUUCUGGCCCUGGGGCAUGGCCUCUGCUCUGAGUUUGGUUGCCUCCUGCCAUCUUAAGGAAGCGCUCGGUGUCCUUGGGAAUUCCAUUGCAAAUACGCAUUUGCAAGCAAGAAGGACGUUUGCACACGGCAACCAGGCAUGUUUUUGGAAACACCUCCCUCCUUCCCUCUAAAGCAGCCACUUUGAAUUGUUUCUGAAGUCCUUUCUUUCAGGAAGGCAUGAUCUCUUCUUCACGUCUCCUCACCUUAAGCACUUGCCACUGCCUUUCUCUUCUAAUUAAAACUCGCUGAUCGUAUCUAGAAGCAUGGUCCCUCGCCAGGAGCUCAUGAGGAUGUAUGUCUUAAUAUGCAUGCUUAUUCAAAACUGGAUGCAGCGUAGAAGACAACUUCUAGGGAUGUUUGAUGGCGGUGCGCAUAACGCGGAAAUCCAUGCUUAUCUUGAUAUUAUGGAUGGCAUGCUUUCUUCCUUUUUGCAACCAACUCAGAUGUGCUUAGAACCAAUUCUGAGAAGGUGGUGGAUAAACCCCAAGACUGAUGUACACUGGAACGUUUAUACCAAAACUGUCUGGUCGGACUGGAUGUGGAAAAGGUACUUCAGAAUGCCGCGUUCAGUAUUUAAUAUGAUUGUGGAGGAGCCGCGUCCUCAUCUAGCCCGCCGCGACACACGGCUGCGUAAGGCAGUUCCUGUCGAUAAGCAAGUGGCCAUGGCCAUACUGUACCUCUGCCAUAAAGGUUCCUACUCCACCGUGGCAACUUUUUUUGGAGUUGGCAAGUCAACAGCGUACAAGGUAAUAAUACAAGUGCUGCUAUGUAUGGAGAUGGUACUACUCCGGAGGGCGGUUUACCUCGGUGAUUACAGAAAGGUCAUGGACGGUUUUGCAGAGUUAGGAUUUCCUCAAGUGGUUGGAGCAAUUGAUGGGUGCCAUAUCAAAAUAACUGCACCUGUUCAUGAAGAUGCGCAGUACAUAAAUCGGAAACAGCAGCACUCAAUGAUUCUCCAGGGAACAUGUGAUCAGACCGGAAGGUUCAUAGAUAUCGUGACUGGGUACGCAGGAUCCAACCACGACACCUUCGUUGCUAAAGAAUCACCCAUCUUCCAUGCACUCAAGGCUGGAAUUUAUAUCCCUGGCUGUCCAACAUUGACAAUAGCAGGGAAGCAGGUUGGCCCGAUUCUGCUUGGUGACGGUGACUAUCCCAUAAAGCCUUGGUUGCUAACCCCUUUUAAGGUCGGACAUAGCAAGAGGGAGGGGGUCUAUAACCGGAAAUCAUCGAAAUCAAGAGUGGUGGUGGAACGUGCCUUUGGGAGAAUGAAAUCUAGAUUUCGUGCCCUAUCAUGCAAUCUAGACCUUGAAUUGAAAAUGUGAGCUCUGCGAUUGCCUCCUGUGCUAUUUUGCACAACAUUAUAAAGACCAAUGGCGAAGUUCUCAAAGGACAUAAUGGCUCUCCUGAAAAAUAUGUGAUUGAUCCUACAAAUUAUGUCAGUGAUGAUGCCGAAAAAAAGGGGAGAGGAGAGAAGAGAUGCCUUUGUUAAGUAUUUUAAUUCCAGAAAUCGUUGAAUUCAAGGUUAAAUGCAAUAAAACUUAGAUUUAAAACGCUUUGCUAUUUGCAAUGUAUAUUUCUUGUUGGUUUGUAUGCUUCCUCUGCAUAAACAAAUGUUACCAAUUUUGAUCCUCAUUUUUUGAGUACACAACUUACAACAGACAUGCU